AUGGCACUGUCCCUUCAGUUGCACGCGGCGCUUCCCCGACGCAAGCUGCUGCUUGUGGUGAUGGACGGUGUUGGCAUCGGCCCAGGUGACGAGUAUGACGCUGUCCACAUGGCCAAAACACCCUUCAUGGACACGCUCUGCAGCAACGCAAAACACUUCCGCUCCGUCUGCGCCCACGGCAGGGCAGUGGGCCUCCCCACUGAUGCAGACAUGGGCAACAGCGAGGUGGGCCACAACGCCCUUGGCGCCGGCCGCAUCGCGUUGCAGGGCGCUUCGCUCGUCGAUGACGCCAUCAAAAGUGGCGAAAUAUUCACCAGUGACGNUGGCGCCGGCCGCAUCGCGUUGCAGGGCGCUUCGCUCGUCGAUGACGCCAUCAAAAGUGGCGAAAUAUUCACCAGUGACGGUUACCGCUACCUUCACGGUGCUUUUUCGCAGCCCAACCGCACUCUUCACCUCAUUGGUCUGCUGAGCGACGGUGGUGUGCACUCCCGCGACAACCAGUUAUACGAGAUCAUAAACUACUCCAGCACCAGCGGAGCGAAGCGCAUCCGUGUGCACGUGUUGUACGACGGCCGAGAUGUACCGGACAAAAGCUCCUUCAAGUUCACCGAAGACCUAGAGGCGGUGCUCGCCAAGGCACGCGAAAAGGGUUGCGACGCCUGUAUCGCGAGCGGUGGGGGCCGAAUGUUCGUCACGAUGGACCGCUACGAGGCGGACUGGUCCAUUGUGGAGCGUGGCUGGAAAACGCAGGUGCUGGGCGAGGCGCGGCACUUCGCGUCGGCGACAGAGGCCAUCACGAAGUUCCGCGAGGAAGACCCGAAGGUGACAGACCAGUAUUACCCGCCGUUCGUCGUCGUCGACAAGAGUGGCAAGCCCAUCGGUACCAUCGAGGAUGGCGACGCCGUGCUGUGCUUCAACUUCCGGGGCGACCGCGUGAUUGAGAUGUCGCGUGCCUUUGAAGACGAGGACUUUAACAAAUUCGACCGUGUCCGCGUGCCCAAAGUCCGCUACGCCGGCAUGAUGCGCUACGACGGUGACCUUGGCAUCCCCAACAACUUCCUUGUGCCACCACCGAAGCUCACGCGCACCAGUGAGGAGUACCUGAUCGGCUCGGGCUGCCAAAUCUUCGCCUGCUCCGAGACGCAGAAGUUUGGUCAUGUGACAUACUUCUGGAACGGCAACCGCAGCGGUAAGCUCAAUGAGGAGCACGAGACAUUCCUCGAGAUCACCAGCGAUCGCGUACAGUUCAACGAGAAGCCACUCAUGAAGAGCAAAGAGAUCACUGACGCCGCGAUUGAGGCGUUGAAGAGUGGUAAGUACGAUGUGGUACGCAUCAACUUCCCCAACGGUGACAUGGUCGGCCACACCGGCGACCUCGCGGCGACGAUUGUCGGAGUCGAGGCGGUCGACACGUCGCUGAGGCGGCUGAAGGAGGCGGUCGACUCCGUCAAUGGUGUGUUCCUCGUCACUGCAGACCAUGGGAACUCCGACGACAUGGCGCAGCGCGACAAGAAGGGCAAGCCGAUGAUCGGCCCCGACGGGAAGGCCCUCCCGCUCACGUCGCACACCCUUGCGCCGGUGCCGGUGUACAUCGGUGGCGCUGGCCUCGACCCUCGGGUGCAGAUGCGCACGGACCUUCCGAACGCUGGGCUCGCCAACGUGACGGCCACGUUCCUUAACUUGAUGGGCUUCACUGCUCCGGAGGACUACGAGUCGUCGCUCAUCGAGGUGGCCCACUAG